ACGCAUGCGUUUGUUCAUUUAAAAUACACGCAAUUUAGUUUUUGCUAUUCAUUUUAGUUCGAAGAUUUUUACAACAUUAUUGCCAAUCGUUAAAAUGACUUACCCGAAUGUUCUGUUCGUUUACUCCAGUUAUAUUAUAUUUUGUUUAGUCGUUUUUGCGAAUUCCUCUGAUAAACAAAUACCACCGACAACAAUUCCUGACACUUUCGAAGACGAAUUCCUAAAAUUCGUUUGGCCUAAAAUACAAUGGCGUCCUGGUCAUAAAAUUCAAUCACCAGUAGAUAUACAGACUGAAAAUGCAACUUUUAUCCCACUUCCAGAGUUCCAACACGUUAACUACUGGGGCGUGGAAUCACUUUAUGUUAAUAUAACAAAUAAUGGCCACACUGUUCACGUUGAAUUGACCGAUGGAGAAAAAGAAUUUUUGGUACUUGGCAUUACAGGUGGGCCACUAUUUGACAACUUCUACGAAUUUGACCAAAUGCAUAUUCAUUGGGCAAAUGAUACUCACGGAAGUGAACAUACCCUCGAUGGAAAAAGUUAUGCUAUGGAAAUCCAUUUUGUACACUUUAAUUCAAAAUACAAUAAUGCCGAAGAAGCUAUGAAUUAUAUUGAUGGAUACUGCGUGCUUAGCUACUUUGGAGAGUUAUCCGAAGAAGAUGAUCCUGAAAUGGAAAACUUCAUCAGUGACUUACAAUUACUUAUUGAACCUUAUUCAUCAAUAAUAAGAAAAAUAGGAGAAGAAUUUCAAUUUUUAGAAAAAACAGCAUAUCUACAAGAAUAUUUUACAUAUCCAGGUUCAUUAACUACGACACCUUUCAGCGAAUGUGUAAUAUGGAUGGCUUUUAUCAACACAUUCAAAAUAUCCAAACGACAACUGGCAGCUUUUCGACAAUUGCGUUCAAGCGAAAAUCAUGCCUUAAUAAAUGGCAACGAUAGAGAUUUACAACCAUUUAACAAUCGACCAAUAAAGUGUAAUUUUAUUAAAGACGAAUUGUAAAAGCUUAAAUUAUAAUAUAAUAAGUAAUAACGUAUUCAUCUAAAUAAUUCAUAAUAUACUAACAUAAUAUUAACAUUGAGUACUAAUACAUUAUUAUAUACAUAAUAUUGUAAUACAAAUUUGAUUCAUUAACACAUA